CGGUGGUGCACUGGGAAACAGGCGUCCAUUAGUAAAAGAAAAAGUGCUUGUUGCUAGCUUCAGCCUGGCAGCUGCUGCCAUUACAAAUGGAUCAGAAGAUUCCUUAUGAUGACUACCAGCUCCCGGUGGUAUUCCUGCCUUCUUAUGAGAACCCACCAGCAUGGAUAGCUCCACAGGAGCGAGUUCAUCACCCUGACUACAACAAUGAGCUCACCCAGUUCCUGCCUCGUACCAUCGUAUUGAAGAAACCUCCAGGAGCACAGCUGGGCUUCAAUAUCCGUGGAGGCAAGGCGUCACAGUUGGGAAUCUUCAUAUCCAAGGUGGUCCCAGACUCAGAUGCCCACAGAGCAGGGCUGCAAGAGGGAGACCAGGUUCUGUCUGUGAAUGAGGUUGAUUUCCAGGACAUAGAGCACUCAAGAGCUGUAGAGAUUCUGAAGACGGCACGAGAAAUACUGAUGAGGGUCCGCUUCUUUCCUUACAAUUACCAAAGACAGAAGGAGAGGACCGUACAUUAGGUGGCAGCAGAGAGAGAAAGAGUUGGACAGCCGCGUCACUGCACGUCAUUACCCUCCUACAGACUCUGGCCUCCAUUCUGUCUCAGCUUCAAGAUGACUGAUGCAUGACUAACAGCCUGAUUCAAAGUCCUCCAUGUAAGGGCAACAUAUACUCUGUUAUAUACUCAUCUCACCCAGAUAUCUGAGCGCUCCCUGGUCUACUGUGAUACAUGAUUUCUACUCCAUCAGGAUGUGUUCACAGGAAGUGGAGGCAGUCAUAGUACAAACAGGAGCUUAAUAUAGACAUUUCACGUUAUAAAUUAUGGAACUGAUGCAUAUUUUUCCAGUCAAGCUUUAACAUUUACAGACCCAACGUAAUCGUUUUAUCUUCGCUUUUCCUCAUGCCCUGUAAUUGGAUGUUUCUACUAGACAUAUCGAGUACAGAGUAGCACUUGUGUCUACUGUACACAUUUGCCUUGAUGAUACUGCUAUAAAGUUAAGACACAUACGUUGAGUUGUUAGUCAAUUAGGUACGCCAAGCUAAAACUAAUGCAAUAAGUCAGCCGAUAGUAAAUCCUACAAUCAUGAAAAGGUAUAAUGUUUGAUAGAAUCAUUUAAACUCAAGGUGUUUUCCUAAAACUUUCAGCAACAUAUCACUGUUUGUGUAUUUCUUACAUUGAUUAACUGGCAACUGGGUGUAUGUACAUGUAACAAAUGUACUUAUGACUUGGACCUCAGUACACACUGACACACAUGGUACACAGACAGCAGGGCCUCAUGUAUUGUAAGAGCAAAUGAUAGUGCAAGACUUCUGGUAAAUAUCACUGUUCUAAGAAUCACUGUGAAUAAACUGUACAUCCAGUUUUUAAAAUAUUUAACAAAAAAGUUGUUUAGGGAAUAUCAAGUUGUGUAAAUAUAUUUCAGUGACUGCUGUUAUGGACCGAGCAUGUGCGUGACAUUCAGAGCAUUAAUAUAGUAGCAAACCACUAUUUACUAUGUAAAUAUAUAGUGAAGGUGCUGCUGAGCACCUGAGUCAGCACCUUCAAGUCUGCGGCCAUGGUUGUCUGCCAGAAAACGGUGGAUUGCCCCCUUCAGGUUGGGAGUGAGUUAAAGUAUCUCGGGAUCUUGUUCACUAGUGAGGGUAGAACGGAGCGUGAGAUGGAUCGGCAGUUUGUAAUCCGAGCUUCUCUGUGGUUUGUUGUGAUAAACUAGGUUCGUCUACACAUAUAGGUUUGUCCCUGGUUAAAUAUGUCAGCUCUGUCAGCACUGUUGCUGUUGUUAGCAUCGUUAGCUGCUAGACACCUCCAUGUUGAGAACCGUGUCCAGACAACUCAUGCACUCUGAAUUUUGCAUAGAGCCCCUUUAAAUAUUAUCAAUCAUGUUCAUGUUUCAUACAUUAUAGGUUUUAAAUGACCUGCUUAUGGGCUGAAUGAUAUUUUAUGUAUGAAUUGUAUAUUUGAGGGGCCAAACUGUUGACAAGUAUAACUUCUAACAUGCAGUUACAGUGCAUGAUAACAGCACAUUACAUGCUGUUUAUCUGUGUGCAGUUGAGACCCUGAUGUUGGCAGGACUUUAUUCCAGCUGAAGACUGUCAGGUACUUUUAUCUUUUUUGCCUCUGUGGUUCAAGGCGUGCUAAUCAGUAAAAUCAGCUGAUACAAGCUUUGGACAAAAAGUGAAUCUGCACACUUUCAAACAUUUAUAGAAAACAAUUGAAUGCCUCUGGAUGUUACUGCAGUAUGCUCGUAUAAAGCUUUUGUUUGUGUGCAAAUCGCCGCCUGUUGCACCUGAACACUGUCUUAUUCUUUUGUACACUAAUAGUUUUCAUACACAUAACUUGUCCAUCAGAUGAACUUACUGAUCUUCAAGUGUUUUUCAGAAUUUUAAUGAACAUGACAUUGACAUGGUAAAAGAAAUAAAGUUUUAAACCCCA